AUGUGGUACCGCCAGCUGUGUACCACAGCCCGACGUGCGCAUGAGAACCCGCUGGGUCUCCCACGCAAUAACGAGCGUUUUCCCCCAUUGAUGCCACGCCGUGGUAGUGGCCCGCAGCCAAAGCGGCCGAUUCCGAACGUGAAGCGCGUUAUUGCUGUAGCCAGUGGCAAGGGUGGCGUAGGCAAAAGCACCGUGGCUGUCAAUCUCGCGCUGGGUCUGGCAGCCACGUCUAAGGAUGCGCUGGGACGCCGUGCGCGUAUUGGGCUAUUAGAUCUUGAUCUCUAUGGUCCUAGCAUUCCAAAACUCAUGCAUCUCGAAGAUCUUGGCGAGCCUGAACUGACACAGCAGCAUGCUCUACUGCCCCUGAUCAACUACUCCAUCCCAUGCAUGUCCAUGGGUUUUCUUCUACCGCCGCAAUCUUCUGGCUCGAAUGCAGACACGCCGGUCGUGUGGCGCGGGCUCAUGGUCAUGAAAGCUGUUCAACAGCUGCUUUUCGACGUCGAUUGGCGGGCUGGCAUGACGCCGGAUGCUGAUCCCAUGGCCCCGGGUCACGACUCAUUGGAUGUAUUGGUCAUUGAUAUGCCACCCGGCACGGGCGAUGUUGCGCUGAGUCUCAGCCAACUUGUGCUCGUCGAUGGCGCGGUGAUUGUCAGUACACCUCAGGAAGUGGCUUUGGUGGAUGCACGCAAGGGCAUCACCAUGUUCCAAAAGGUCCAAGUUCCGAUCUUGGGCCUUGUGCUCAACAUGUCGCACUUUCUUGCUCCAGAUACGGGCAAGACAUACCCCAUUUUUGGCCCUGCGCACCAUUUUGAGGCGCUGGCUCAGCGCUUGGACGUACCCAUUCUCGGUCGGAUCCCUCUGGAAAUGCAUCUGAGUCAAGGCAGUGAUCAUGGCACACCUGAAGUGCUUCGACCCAAUGAUGCGCCCGGGUCUGCACACGCCUCGCUUUUGCACAUGGCACGGCAAACUUGGACUCAGCUGGCCAGUGCUGAUAUGGCGCGAGACAGGCUGAAGCGGGCCUAA